UUAAUUAUAUACAACAAAACCAUUGACGGUCAACGCAAACAGAAAGUAGACCAUGGCAGCCACAGAUAAAGUAUUAGGGGCAGCAAAACAGUUUAUUUCCUUUGUUAACAAGUGUCCAUCACCAUUCCAUGCUGUUGAUGAGGUGAAGAAACUUUUGGUAGCUGCUGGUUACAAGGAACUUAGGGAAACAGAUCCAUGGACAAUACAACCUCUAGAUAAGUAUUUCCUGACAAGGAACCAAUCAACCAUUAUUGCCUUUGCUGUGGGAGGAAAUUUCAAACCAGGAAAUGGGUUUAGUAUAGUUGGGGCUCAUACAGAUAGUCCAUGUCUGAAGGUAAAACCAAAAUCUAAGACCAACAAAUCUGGUUAUGCCAUGGUUGGUGUGGAGUGUUAUGGAGGUGGUAUCUGGCAUACAUGGUUUGACAGAGACCUGACUGUCGGUGGUAGAGUACUAGUUAAGAACAAUGGUAGUAUAGAACAUCGUUUGGUCCAUAUACAGAAACCUAUACUCAGAGUACCACAUAUUGCUAUCCAUUUGAUGAGAGAUCAUAAUGAAAAGUUUGGUCCAAACAAAGAGUCACAAGUAUGUCCAGUACUAGCUACGUCUGUACAGUUAGAGUUACAAGGUAACAAACAGGAAGAUGACAAGAAACCUGAAGGUCAGGAAAAACAGUGUGAUAAACACCAGCCUGCCUUAAUAAAGCUAAUAUGUGAUGAACUGAACAUUUCUCCUGACCAGAUGAUGGACUUUGAACUUUGUGUAGCAGAUACUCAGCCAGCGGCUAUAGGUGGCGCAUUGGAUGAAUUUAUAUUUGCUCCACGACUUGACAAUCUUCUGAAUGCAUACACAGCUGUAGAGGCAUUGAUAGAAACUGAUGGUAGUUUAAAGUCAGAUCCUAACAUCAGACUGAUAUGUUUGUUUGAUAAUGAAGAGGUUGGAUCACAGAGUGCCCAGGGUGCAGCAUCAACUUUACAGGAACUUGUAUUACGUCGUCUGAGUAGUGGUGGUAGUCAGACAGCUUUUGAAGAAGCCAUACCUAAAUCUUAUAUGAUUAGUGCUGAUCAGGCUCAUGCUGUUCAUCCUAAUUACUCAGACAAGCAUGAAACUAAUCAUCAAGCAGGGCUUCACAAGGGAAUAGUAUUAAAAUUUAAUUCCAACCAAAGAUAUGCUACCACAGCUAUAACUACUACUAUACUGAGAGAGAUAGCAUUAAAAUCUGGAUGUCCAUUACAGGAUUUUGUUGUAAGGAAUGACUCACCAUGUGGAUCUACAAUAGGACCGAUCAUGUCAGCUAAACUAGGAAUACCGACAAUAGACAUUGGUGCCCCACAACUAAGUAUGCACUCUAUAAGAGAGAUGUGUUGUACUUCUAGUGUAUCUCAGGCUAUUUGUUUAUAUAAGGGAUUCUUUGAGAAAUAUCCAGAAGUCUUUUCUUCCUUGAAGUUUUAGAAGACAAUCAAGUGGAAAAUAAUCAAGGAUGGAAAUCCUGCUAAUGUAAAGUAACCAGAUCAGAUGUCAUGUGUUAAAGUGUGUUGAUUAUAAUUUAUUUUGAUUUUGAAAUAGAAAUAUUAUAUCAUGUUUAAUAAGUUCAGUGUACAAUAAAAAAUGCAGAUUCUUUGGGCUAAUAUCAUAUGACUUAGAAGAUUCUGCAGUUUAUAAUAAAAGGAACUGAAGAAGUAAAAUUAUUUGAUUGACAUGGAGAUUGUAGGAAUAAUGUGUGAGGACCAAAAACUCCAUUUCAUGGUAGAUUCACAAAGUGCAAAUCUAGAGGAUAACUAGAUUAUUCAAUCUACUUGAUUUUGAAAAGGCCUUUCAAAAAGGUUGAAUGAUCUUUUUUUUAAACGCUUUGGAUUUUUGAUUCAGCCAUGCUGGAUCUAUGCGAUCACUCUGGUUUUGGAGAUGGUGCAGAAUACUAAGUUGAAGACAUAUCAUGAAACUAAUUAUGUAUUUUUAUGACUUUCAGAAACUUUCUACACCAUUUUAAUCAUCAGCUGCCAACUUUUGACAUGUUAUUUGCCCUUAAAUUAAGAAAAGAUUGGUCGAACAACCCAUUUAUUUUAGAUAUACACUUGCAUAUAGUUCCUUUGUAAAUCAAAAUUUAUAAUGAUUUACUAUUUAUGAAUUAAUUUGAAAAAGUAUUUGUACAUCAAUUGAAUCAGUUGAUAAGAAUUUUGAACGUAUUAUAUUAGUAUCUUAUGGUUAUGUAAGUUAUUGUUCAAUGAAAUUUGGGUCAAUAAGUGUAUUAAUAUAUCUAAGUUGAUUCCCACACUUUUUUAAAAUGGUAUUACUCCAAUUCUUUCCACAGGCAAGUAAGAGUCAGUAUGACUAUCAACUGUCAUGAUUUUCAAAUAAUUACACUCAAAGGUGUAAGUAUUAAUUGGAAACAACCCCAGUCUUAAUUCACAACAGUUAAUAUCGCAUGACCUGUUACAUAAUUAAAUAGACACAAUUUAUUACACACCUAACUGAAUACACACAUUCUUGACCUCAAUAGUAAACCUACAAAUGUAUUCUUUAUUUUGAUCUACACUACAUUAAAAUAUUCUGUUAAUUUUGCUAGCUAGCUGAAUGAUUAAUCAAAUGUGGUUUUUUUCUCAAAGAAAAGACAAAAAAUGAAAAAAAUAUGUAUAAAAAAUGCAAGAAAAUGUUAUUUCACUUGUAAAAUCAGUGUCAUUGUCAUCUGACAUAAGUCAAUAAUCAAGUUCUAAUUAAUUAGUUACAAUUAUCAGAAAAUUGGUUGAAACAAUAAACAAAAUUGCAUAACUCUUACCUGAGCAUUUUCUGCAAUAAAAUUUAUUUGUUUGUUCUA